AUGGAUAGAAAUACUAACGAAGGGAAGGCGGCCAUGUUGACUAAGAAUAAGUUCCCGGUCGGCCUUAGGGUUUUGCUGGUGGAUGAUGACCGGACAUGUCUCCAAGUAUGGGGAAGAAUGCUUCAGGCUUGUGGUUAUGAAGUUACCAAAUGCGUGAGAGCGGAGGAAGCUUUGUUUAUGCUUCGUACCUACAGGAGCAGAUUUGAUAUUCUUAUAUGUGACCUACAUAUGCCUGGAAUGGAUGGAUUUAAGCUUCUUCAAAUCGUUGGAUUAGAGAUGGCAGAUUUGCCUGUUAUAGUGAUAUCAUCGGAUGAUGAUUAUAACACAAUUCAGAAGGGUAUUAUCAAUGGCGCUUGCGAUUAUCUGGUGAAGCCUAUCCCAAUGGAAGCUCUAAAAAUGGUGUGGAAAUAUGUGUUUUGCAAGAGAAGAAAUAAGUUGGAUGAAGUUCAGCAGCUAUGGAAUGUGGGACAGUACGGUGAAGUGCAUUUCAGGCCAUAUAUAUAUAGAGAUCAACACAAUAUAUUCCCCAUAAAUAUUGAAGGUAUUAAAAGAUUAAAAAGGGAAACAGAUGGUGAAGAUCAUGAAUGCAAGGCCUCUGGAGAUCAUGAUGAUCAUGUGGUUGGAGCAAAAAAAUCACGGAUGAUUUGGACACCGGAUCUUCAUCAAAAGUUUGUCGCAACUGUGAAUGAACUUGGCCUCAAAAGGGCUGUUCCCAAGAAAAUUUUGGAAUGUAUGCAAGCUAUGGGCGUCCCAAACCUUACAAGAGAAAAGGUUGCCAGCCAUCUUCAGAAAUACCGUUUAUAUCUCCAAAAACAAAAAGAUGAUGCACGGCAAAAAACUGAACAUUUGGCACCACUUAGGCCUCCUCAAGAAGUUCCUCCACAUCCACAGGUGAAUUUACUCAAUGAAUUCCUGAAGAACACAUAUCCAAAUCAGCAAGAUUUGUUAACACAACUACAACGAGCUCGAACAGUAAGGAGCAUGAUCAGAAGCUCGCAACUUAGCAUAGUAACUCGAGGCUUUCAGAAUUUACCAGUGCCUGUUGAAGCCUACCAGAACAAGUCUUUGACAACCCAGAUGGCUGAUCAUGAUCAAACACCAACGUCCGAGCAGAUAUGGAAUGAGAUCAAGGGAGAUCAAGGAAGGUCAACAAAUUUAAAUGCCAAUAAAAUUCAUGGUCAUGAUCAGGUCUUGGAUGAAAAAGUAGUGGAAAUCGAUGGCUCAACAUGCAACCCAAAAUCUGAAUUCUCGGGGAGUAUGCUUCAUGAUGCUCCUCUUCGCGAUACUUCUGGAGAUUUCAGUCUCUUCUUCAAAAAUAAUCCUCUUCGGAGAUCUUCUGGAGAUUGUGGAUUACUCUUAAAUGAAUAUACUCUUUUUCGGGAUAAUUCUGAAGAUUAUAGUUCCCUCUGGAAUGAGAUUUGCACUCCUUCCCAAGGAUAA